UAUGUCUUUUUUUGUAGGUUACUCACUUACUUGCGUAAGAAAAUUUUUCAAUGUAAGUGCAAUUUUUGUUUUUGUUUGUCAUGCAUGCAGGGCAUAUACUACGUUCAUGAAUAUUUAUAAUUCUUGACAGUAUUUAUAAUAUGUGCCAGUUUGGCUGGCUUCCAGGCAUUGCUAAAAGCGAUUAUCCUAAUGUUUUAAUAACCAUCAAUUGUUCAUUACAUUGGCAUCGAAGGAACUAGAUUCUGUUCCGAAAUAUCACUUACUCGAACCGACCUGACCGCGUAGCUCAGUUGGUAGAGCAUUGGGCUAGUAUUCCAAAGGUCGUAGGUUCGAUUCCCACCGUGGCCGGGCAUAUUUUUCAAGCUCGCCCGGUGUGGAUAUACACUCAGAGUAACAUCACAAACAUCAUAUUCACCUGAGUACACAACACCAACACAGAAAAAAAGUGUAAUUAACAUUUGAGAAUAUCGGAACUGGUGGUGGUGGUGGUGGUGGUAGUGCUAAUUGCUGUAAUAACUUUUUUAUAACAAUGGUUUUUAACACAGGUACUGGCUCAACUUGGUGCAGCUUUUUCAUUAAUUUUACUAAGUCAUAGUGAAUCAUUUCCACCCGCCCUGCUGCUCAUGACGUUUGCGAUUGGCAUGACUGGAUUUCAUAAUGCUGGCGCAAUGGUUAUGCCACAAGACAUCGCGCCUGAUUAUGCUGGAUCCGUGGCUGGGUUCUCAAAUACUGUUUCAACAUUUUCUGGUAGGUAUAGACUUCAGCGAUGACGUGCAUGGUCAGUAAACGUACAGAUUAUAAAUAACAUGAGACAAAUGAGGCCACUUAAUAUAAAUAAUUCUCAUCACUACACUUUGAAAAUGUCGAAGAGGCGGGAGGUUUAUAUGUUAUAUUUACAUAAUUUAUAUAUCAAUAAAUAAAAAAAUAAUUCCUAACAUUUAAUAUUUCUAUGAUUUCCAAAGUGAAGUGUCACAAACCGAAAUAAACUUAUUACAUUGCACAUUUCUGUCAUCUCCAACGUAAUCUCCACGAACAAUGACUGAACCCUUGAACUGAAUGUGAAGUUCCUUUAAAGUGCAAUGAAAUUUUUUUGAAGGUUCUGUUUGUUUGAAAUUGGCAGUUUAAAAUGGCACUAAAAACCCAAUAUAUAUAAAAUAUAAAAAACUUAACUUUCUUGAAAUAUUUUGUCGGGCGGUACAUUUAUAUUGUAUAACAAACGCGGCUCUUAAAAUACAGUCGGGCGGUAAUGAGAAUCAAGGAAUUUAUUUUAUGUGAUGGUCUAUGCUGCUGUAGGUAGUGCCAAUAGUAACAAUACUUCGGUUGAUAGAGAUGCAACUACCUGAAAAAUACUUAACAAAUAGAUAAGGUUUUGCCGUUGUUUGUUCAGUUAUAGAUCAUACACAGUAUGACGUCAUAAUGUGGGAAGAACAGAAAAGUGGGCACGAGCCGCCGAUGCGAGUGGGUCACUUUUUUGUUCUUUCCACAUUAUGAUGUCAUACUGUAUAUCUAUAACUAAACAGACAACGGCAAAAUCUUAUCUAUUUGUUUUAUAUAAUAUACAGAAAACCCCCGAAUUAAACAGGUAAAUAGCUUACUUUUUAUCCACCCAAACAUUUAGAAAUUUGAAAAAAUCGAAAUUUUACAAAUAUCACGCGUACAUGAUCUAUACAAAUAAGGGAAUGCUAUUCGCUACCUUAGGUCCAUGCUGUGUUGUGAUUGGCUGCACAGAACAAAGAGUUUUGUGUGACGUAAUUGGACAACUUGCAUGUUAGACUAAAUUUUAGUCUAAGUAAAGAGAAGGGGAUCAAACACCACAGCUAAAAAGAACAUAAUGAAAUUAGUAAAAUUGCAAAAUUUGGUUGCGAAAUGUUGUAAAGCUUGGAAAAUAUAGUCUUGCAAAGUUCGCAAAUUUUGUAUAUGUUUGUAUUACGUGCGGAAAAUGUUACCAGUUUCGGCUCAAAAAUGGUAACAAUUUCCGCACAAAUACAAAAACAUAUACAAAAUAUGCAAACUUCACAAGGCUAUAUUUUCCGUAUUUUACAACAUUUCGUAACCAAAUUUUGCAAUUUUACUAAUUUUAAUACGUUCUUUGCGGGAAUUUGCUUUUUUGCCCAGAUCAAAAAUUAGUCUAACAUGCAAGUUGUCUACUCCGUGCGUCUGUCCUCUAAUAGAUCAUGGCUCUCGACCAAUGAAGGCGCUUGAAUUUUUAACGUUAUUGUAUAAAAGGGAAUUUCGACGUUUCGAGUGAGGGACCUUCGUCGGGAAGUAAGUAUAGAGGCUAUUAACUUCCCAAUGAAGGGCCUUCGUUCGACACGUCGAAGUUCUCCUUGUAUUUGUCAGGUAAUUGCAUCCCCAUCAACCGAAGUUUUGUUAAAAAUAAAUUAACCCAUUCAGUGCUAGCCCUGCUGUUCCUUAAAAGACGCACGGGCUGAUAGUCUGAUUAACUCACAGGGUGUGCCAGCACUCUCCCAUGACCAGUCAAGUCGUCUGUCGUUGGACAACGUUAAAUAAAGUAAGGCGCAUUUGAGAGAGCAUUGUCGCUUAAAGAGUUAAUCUACAAAUUGAAAGGAUAUAGAUCUCGGACCUGAUAACUUAGAGGAUAACUGAUAAACUUUCUGUUUCAAUACGAUUGAUUACCAAACUUUCUUGCGCAUACAGCAUUUGAACUUUGGCGAAAUUACUUUUCUCAUAUUUCGAAUACCCCUGAAAAAUGUCCUGCAUUUUUGAACUUACGAAGGUCUACGAACCCUGUAUAAUAAUACUGAUUGAUAUACAGUAAUAUACUCGCAAACAAUGACGUUCUUUCCAAAAAUGCACUUUUAUGCAAAAAAAAAUGCUGGACGGAUAGAUUUGUAGGCUGAAGUCAAAAUAUAACUGAUCGAUGUAUAUAGAUAGACAACUUGGUGGGGUAGAAAGGGGAGGGAGGGGAUACACCGAGCUGGGUAUUGACCAUUUGUUUUAUCGCUCUUCUGGUGUUUUCAACCCUAAUGUGUUUAUCUUCUUUCCCUCACAGUGUUUGGUGCUAUAUAUUUUUCUGGUCAAGUCUUAACCACCUCUCAAAGCUGGCCUCUAUAUUUCAACGUUGUAGCUGGAGUGUGCAUCAUUGGCUGUGCAGUGUUCACGAUAUUUGCCUCUGCUAAGAAGAUCGCAUAGAGAUUGAAUAUGGUGGUCACGUAAGUUCAAUUGCGUUGAGUGGAAACAUAGUUCUAGUCAAAUCUGGGUUCAUACAAAAAUUUGAAGAUUUUGGAAUUUAAAACUAAAAAUUAUAUGCCUUGAAGUCGGUCUGUAGCUGAAGGUUAAAAUGUGAGAAGUCGUUGCAAAUCGUAUAUGGAUGUAUACUACCACGAAAAUUGCAGUGCGAUUUCUCAGGCUAUAAGAGAAAUGCUUUCUGAUUACUUCUGAAUUAAGAAGGAACAAAAAAUAUGUUUUCCGAACUUUAGCUGUUGUAAUAUUCUAGUAUUUUAGUAAUCAUUAUUAUUAUUUCUUAUUUAUUAUUAAUCAUGCAAUAUUUUAGUCAAUAGGUAAGAUUUAUAAGAAUGGUCAUAUUCAUGAUGCUCAUGCAUGAAUUAUAUAAAUGUUUACAUUCAUAGACUUUUCCCACUCAUGCAGCUUUGGGACAAGCGGUUCGAAGUAGGUUAUUUCUAAUGGCAAAUUUGAAAAAGGGUAAAUUAAAUAUAGUAGUAUAACACAUUUCACCAAUUAUUUUAUAGGGGUUUUGAAAAUAUACAAAAUAAUCACGAAUGUAUAUGAAAUGCUCAUUUUAUUCUUGAAUGUAUAAAAUCUUCUUAAAAGUACAUAGAAUUUUUCAUAUGAAAAUAUAUCAUCAACAGUUUACAUUACACGUCAAGAAAUAGAUUCAAUUUCGUUUGACCAUGUAUUCUUAGCUUGCCCAAAAAGAUGUUGUCAGUUCUAUAAAAUGAAAAAUAUUGCACGGACAUUUUUUAAUAAUUGUUUUACGUACUGUAUAUAAAUAAUACUGGAUAAUAUACAAACUUAUAUUUGCAAAGUUAGUAGAUAAGUAAAUAUGAGUAAACAAACAAAUAAAUAAAAUAGCUAAAUAAAAUAAUGUGAGAAAAUUGCGCAAAUUUGCCAAAACAUGCAAACUUAAUUUUUCUGAAAAUUAAAAUUUUCUGUUAUAAGCCAAACGCAGGUGACCUUCUGAGUGGCAGCCAUACUUGAAGAGGUGUAGGGUGCAAAUUAAAUUUCUAGUAACAUGCAUAACAGGUGCUUCAUCAGAGUAUAAUUUCACACAACGAUACCUAGUAAAUCCCACUGGGAUGUGGCGUUAGGUAUUUUGUGGCGUUUACAUGCGUGGAGG